GGCGAGUCGGUAAACAGAUCCGGGGCGCUUGCGGCGCCGGCGCUGCGGCGGGCGAGCGCGUGGAGGCGGCGCGAAGGUGACCGCGGGGCCCCGCUUCCUGCCGCCGGCCCUGAGGAUGACUGCCAUGUUGGGGGACGCCAUCAUGCUGGUCAGAGGCCUUGCCAAGCUGGCCCAGGCGGCCGUGGAAACCCACCUGCAGCACCUGGGCCUCGGCGGGGAGCUGGUCCUGGCGGCCAGGGCCCUGCAGUCCACUGCCGCGGAGCAGAUCGGCCUGGUCCUGGGCAAGGUGCAGGGUCAGGAUCGGCGUGAAGAGCCAUAUGCCGAGGGCUUCGAUGACCCGGAAGCAGAGUUCUCUGGGCCUCAGACUGCAGGGGCCCCCACGGAUUUCUCUGCGGCCUCCUCCCCUGACCGGUCGCCGCCUCCACCCUGGGACCAGGCCAGCAGUGAGGGCCCAGCUCCUGCCUACGUUGCCAGCGGACCCUUUAGGGAAGCUGGGCUCCCGGGCCAGGUUGCCUCCCCUCUGGGCACAGUGACCGGGAGGCUCUUUGGAGACCCCAGAGACCCACUCUCUGCCACAGGCCUUCGGCGAAGGUUCUUCCACCAGGACCAGUCCCCCAUGGGGGGGCUCACCGCCGAGGACAUUGAGAAGGCCCGGCAGGCCAAGGCUCGCCCCGAGAGCAAGCCCCACAAGCAGAUGCUCAGCGAGCGGGCUCGGGAGCGGAAGGUGCCAGUUACACGGAUCGGGCGGCUGGCCAACUUUGGAGGUCUGGCCGUGGGUCUAGGCUUCGGGGCGCUGGCCGAGGUGGCCAAGAAGAGCCUCCGCCCAGGGGACCCUCCAGGGAAGAAGGCCGUGCUGGACUCCAGCCCCUUCCUGUCCGAGGCGAACGCGGAGCGCAUCGUCCGCACGCUGUGCAAGGUGCGCGGGGCGGCGCUCAAGCUGGGCCAGAUGCUGAGCAUCCAGGACGACGCUUUCAUCAACCCCCAUCUGGCCAAGAUCUUCGAGCGGGUGAGGCAGAGCGCGGACUUCAUGCCGCUGAAGCAGAUGAUGAAGACCCUCAACGGUGACCUGGGCCCUGGCUGGCGGGACAAGCUGGAGUACUUUGAGGAGCGGCCCUUCGCGGCCGCGUCCAUCGGGCAGGUGCACCUGGCUCGCAUGAAGGGCGGCCGCGAGGUGGCCAUGAAGAUCCAGUACCCGGGCGUGGCCCAGAGCAUCAACAGUGACGUCAACAACCUCAUGGCCGUGCUGAACAUGAGCAACAUGCUUCCUGAAGGCCUGUUCCCCGAGCACCUGAUCGAUGUGCUGAGGCGGGAGCUGGCCCUGGAGUGUGACUACCAGCGGGAGGCGGCCUGUGCCCGCAAGUUCAGGGAGCUGCUGAAGGACCACCCCUUCUUCUACGUGCCUGAGAUCGUGGACGAGCUCUGUAGCCCCCACGUGCUGACCACGGAGCUGGUGUCCGGUUUCCCCCUGGACCAGGCGGAGGGGCUGAGCCAGGAGAUCCGGAACGAGAUCUGCUACAACAUCCUGGUCCUGUGCCUGCGGGAGCUGUUCGAGUUCCACUUCAUGCAGACGGACCCCAACUGGUCCAACUUCUUCUAUGACCCUCAGCAGCACAAGGUGGCCCUUCUGGACUUUGGGGCAACUCGGGAAUUUGACCGAUCCUUCACUGACCUCUACAUUCAGAUCAUCAGGGCAGCCGCCGACAGGGACAGGGAGGCGGUGCUGAAGAAAUCCAUAGAGAUGAAGUUCCUCACAGGCUACGAGGUCAAGGCCAUGGAGGACGCCCAUCUGGACGCCAUCCUGAUCCUGGGGGAGGCCUUCGCCUCGGAGGGGCCCUUUGACUUCGGCACGCAGAGCACCACCGAGAAGAUCCACAACCUGAUCCCCAUCAUGCUGAAGCACCGCCUCGUCCCGCCCCCCGAGGAGACCUACUCCCUGCACAGGAAGAUGGGGGGCUCCUUCCUCAUCUGCUCCAAGCUCAAGGCCCGCUUCCCCUGCAAGGCCAUGUUCGAGGAGGCCUACAGCAACUACCGCCGGCGGCAGGCCGAGCAGUAGCGGGGUGAGGCGGGGGGGGGGGGGGGGAACUGGGGCGUCCACGCGGGCGGCUCCGGAGAGGCCGCCGCUCUAGGCGGUUCUGACCGCUAAGAGGGCGCGGGGCCAGCCGCGCAGGACUGCCCGCGAGGCCCGGCCGCGCCGCCGGUCUGCGCGUGCGUGUGGAACCUCUGAAGCAGGUAAAGAUAAGGCGGCCCUCUCUGCUUUUUUCCCUUUCGGACCCGGGGAUGUUCCUGAUGGAAUGUUCGCCGGAAGGUGAGCGCGUUCCCUGGGAACCUCUGCCGCCGGAAAUACCGAGAAGCCCCUGGAUUUUUACUGACCGUGAAGCCUGAGGCUCGUGUGUGCGCUUCUAGAAUGAGAUUUGUGUUUUCUGCCCUUCCCUCCAGCCUGUGCUCUGAGCAGGCCCCGCCUGCUCUCUGGCUGGUCUGUAUACUCCCGACGCGUGGAAGUUUCCGCAGAACUGACGCGGCCCGCGACGGGUGGGAGUGACCCCGCCCUCGUCUCUGUGUGGGGAGUUGGUGUGGGGGCCCCCCUUCCCCCUCCAGGCCCCAGGGCUUUUGUGGAGGAGGCGGAGGUGCAGAGGACGCCUGCUUAGAGCUGGGGGGUCGUUACAGGCUGUUAAUUUUUGUACAAUUCUUGUAAUUGUCAGAUUUGUUUCAAUAUUAAAAAGAACACCGAAACUCACCAUCC